AAGAAGGGAGGAGGGAGUCCAAGCUCUGAGAAACAUCACUCCAUCUCUCUCACUCCACAGGAGCUGAGCAAGGAGCAGGACGAUGUUUGACAACACGCAGUACCCCUAUAACUGCUUUAAUUAUGAUGGGGAUGAUUAUCCUACCUGUAGUUCUGACGAAGAGAAAAAAUUCACCAGACCGGCGUACAGCUACAUUGCCUUAAUUGCAAUGGCCAUCCAGCAAAGUCCUUCAAAUAAAGUCACCCUCUCUGGCAUUUAUGACUUUAUAAUGAAGAAAUUUCCUUACUACAGAUCAAAUCAAAGAGCCUGGCAGAACUCCAUCCGACAUAACUUAUCACUUAACAGUUGUUUUGUAAAGGUUCCCAGAACAGAAGGGAAUGAGAAGGGGAAAGGAAACUAUUGGAGCUUUGCAACAGGAUGCGAAUCCAUGCUGGAUCUCUUUGAAAAUGGGAAUUACAGGCGAAGACGGAGGAGGAGGAACAUGAAAAGGGAACAUAAGGAGCAGAGACCAAACAGAGUGAAAAGUCCUUCAUCCCCCAAUAUCUCUUCUAUGGACUCUGCUUUGAACAGCAUUUCCUCUUCUGAAAGUAAACAUGAAAGAGUUGAAUCGGGCCCAAAACUUCUGGAGCCUUGUGGGUUUGCUCCAAACAGCAUGACCAACAGGCAGAGCCUAAACAAUUCCUCCUUAGCAAAAUCGGAUUCUGAAAUUAAGUUUAGCAUCGAUUACAUCCUUUCAGCCCCUGACCCUUUGCCUGUCCUGAGAUCUCAAUAUAACAUGCAAGAAAAUAAAUAUCAUCUACUGGAGGCUCAGCAUAUUAAUCUCCAGUUCUGGACAAUGUGAUGUUAUUUAUUCGUGGUAACAAAGUCCGAGUCGCAGUUUGUUCAGCAGCCUCGUGUCACUGAAAAUGAGCCGCCUGCCUCCUCGGUUUCCUCCCGAGCAGUACUCACAAAGGGUUACUGACUCACCAGCUGAUGCUCUGUCUGUACCCAAAGAACUUUGCUAAGAUUAAAGCAUAAAUAACAGUUACCAAUAUCGGUUUUCACUACAUUGAAAUUUAUGAAAUUCCAGCUUUAUUUUCUAAACUGUCUUGGACAUCAUUUAACACGACAAAGAAUUUCCUUUCUCGAGCAGAAUCCGACAGAGAAGAGACUUGCUUAUCACCCAUUGCUUUAUUAAAGACAGAGUGAAUUUGAUCCCACUCUCAGUGGUGGAAAUUAGGAUUAACUCCACUGAAGUAUAUAGGUCAGAACUUAAGCUGAUCUAAAAUCGUGUAAUUCUGUUGACUUACACUGACUGGGAAUGCGGGGGGGUGGUAAUUUGUUUUCUUAAAAGGAAUCAUUGAAAAUCACUCUGUCUUCCCUUAUUUUUUCUUUUGACAUCAUGUUUCAAACUGUUUUGCAGCUUUAAUUCACAAUUCAUUAGAAAAUGUAGUUAUUAAUAAGUGUUUAAAAUAUAUUUUUGUUUCUGUUCAGGGCAGAAUUGUUAAAAUUGUUGGAGUUGUAUUCAAAAUAAUUCCAAGAGAGCUAAUUGCAAGUCUGCUGAACUCUGGUAGACUUUGACAGGUAAUGUGACAGAGGCAUAGAGCCUCUUAAUGCCUUGGUUAAA